ACAGUGAGCUGCUCAGCACUCAUCGCGCACGGCACAGACGCGUCCACAACGAGUGCAGAACUUCUGAUUCUCUCGUUCAGCACGGAAAUCAUUUCCUGCGGAAGCUUCACAUCAUAAUCUAGAGGAGUCGGCAGUCAAGAUGUCGGGCCACGCUGUGGACUAUUCCCUGUAUCUUGUUACCGGGCGAGAGCUACUCCCGGUAGGAAAGGAUUACUAUGAAUCUCUCGAAGAAUCGCUGCAAGGAGGGGUGACCCUCGUACAGAUCAGAGAGAAGACAGCGGAGACAGGCGAGUUCCUUGAGAUCGCCCGACGGUCCAAGGAGAUAUGCCACAAGUACGGAGUCCCCAUCCUCAUCAACGACCGCAUCGACAUCGCGCUCGCCAUGGGCGCCGAUGGCGUGCACAUCGGCCAGACCGAUAUGCCCAUCGCCGUCGCGCGCUCCCUCCUCCCGCCCCAGGCGAUCAUCGGCGUGACGUGCAACACGCCCGAGCACGUACGGCAAGCGGUCAAGGACGGCGCGAACUACGUCGGUGUGGGCCCCGCGUGGACGACCCAGACCAAGAAGAACCUGAGCGCAAUCGUCGGCGUGAGAGGCCUGGGCGAGAUGCUCAGGGAGCUGGACGGCACGCUGGUCAAGUCUGUUGCUAUAGGUGGAGUCAAGUCUACGAAUGCCCUGCACUGUCUGCAUGGCUCCGUCUCCGUGACGGGCAGUGCUCUGGAUGGGCUCGCUGUAGUGAGCGACAUCGUCGCAUCGCCAGAACCAAAAGUUGCCGCAGAGAAGCUGGCGUCCAUCGUCCGCGCGUUCAAGGGCUACUCUCCGUCUUCCUUCUCUUUGCCUAGCCCACGCUACACACCCGAGUUCGUCAAAACACAGGCUGCGGCGCUCGUGUCUGCCGUGAGGAAGCACAGUCCGCUAGUUCACCAAAUCACGAACACAGUGGUGACGAACCAGUCCGCGAACGCGACCCUCGCCCUCGGCGCCUCCCCGAUCAUGGCGAGCUCCGCCAAGGAGAUGGAGGACCUGAGCAAGGUCACCGGCGCGCUCCUCGUGAACUUCGGCACCAUCCAGGACCUCGACGGCAUGCUCGCCGCAGGCAGGUUCGCGAACAUCAACCGCAAGCCGGUCGUCUUCGACCCCGUCGGCGUGGGCGCGUCGCGCUAUCGACAGACAUCUGCCGACACGUUGUUGAACACUUGGCAGACGACUGUCAUCAAGGGCAAUGCGGGAGAGCUAGCUGCGAUCGCAAAGUCGACCGAGGUCCAGUCGAGGGGCGUCGACAGCAUCGGCAAAGGCUUCCAAGACCCCAUCACCUUCGUUUCGCAGCUCGCCCGGAAGGAACGCUGCAUCAUCGUCCUCACGGGCGUGCAGGACUACGUCUCCGACGGGAACGUCGUCGUCCGCUGCUCGAACGGGCACAAGCUGCUCGGCGACAUCACCGGCUCGGGGUGCAUGGUCGGCACCGCCGUCGCGACGUUCUGCGCCGCGGCGAGCUUGGAGGCUGCUGAGACCGGGGACGCGCUUCUUCGCCAUGACGGGCUGCUGGUGAAGGGAGACAUGCUCGUGGGUGCGGUCGCAGGCGUGCUGGCGCUGACUGUGGCUUCUGAGUUCGCUGCGGUGAGGCAGGAUGUACACGGGAGCGGCACAUUCCUGCCUGCGCUCAUCGACGAGCUUGGGGCGCUGACGCCGGAGAAAGUCGCAGAGGCCGCGAACGUUGAGGUGUUCCACCCAUGAUGUGGGCAAGCACCAGCGAUGAAGCAGGGAUGUGAAUAAUGUAGUCAAAACUUCUUGUGUAUCCGUAGAUCGUACACCACCGAAUCCUGGCCUGUAUCCGUCGUACCUAGACGUACA